AUGAAUUCAAGGUUCGGGAUUGAUUCGUCCUACUGUUGCUGCCUGGUAACUUCUGGUGCAGAGACGCACUGUCGUGGAUCUCAAGUGCACCAACACUUCCACGAUCCUUCCCUUUGCGGACUCUCCGGCGCUGCAUUGCUGCAAGCACCAACACCCAAGAACGGAGCGGGCGAGAGGGCUGUGUUAGCAUGGCUGAAGAAGCCCUCCAAGGAUAGAAGGAAGGAUAGACAGAGAUGGGAUUUCCAUCCCGCUACGCGUGUCAAUCCGACAGCCUCCGCGACAGAGGCACUCCAAGGUCGUCUCCUCCGCAAUACUACCCUCAAAAGUUUCUCCCAAAUCGUCCUCUCCAAAGCCUUCAGCAUAGAAAGGCCAGCUUCAGCUCGUGCGCGACAGCUUCAUUACGGGAAAGCCAGGCGUGUCACUGUAGCGGUCCCUCUCCAAAUAGCUUUCAUCCCAAGCAGGAGACCCUUGGGCACACCUAGGGCCGCAAAUACCAAACGGCGGAUACAGAACGUGAAAUCUCUAUUUGCGAGAUUUCUAGUGUUGCAUCUGCUGAGCUCGAGUGUGGUUGCCGUCGGCGUGGCGGCAAACGUAUGCCUUUCACGCCGGGGCAUCUUUCUGCGGCUACCUCCAUCCAUUGCCGCAGCGGGGGCACUGCACGCUCGAUGGCAUGCAGAGGCCCUUGGUCGUAUCCUCCCUAGAAGCCCGUGGCUGCAGCAGCUCCUUCUGGGUCCCUUGUUAGAGGAGCUUCAGUUUCGCUUAGCACUCCCCUGUUUACUGCUACCCGCCGCGCGAUAUCUCACGAGCGCAGCUAGGCUCCGUCGUGGUUGGAGAGCUGCGGGGGUUCUACGGCGAGGAAAGAGACAACAAGGAGAAAAAUAUGAAAGGUGGGAGGGGCAGUCUAAGAAAGGCAUCAAUCGGAAUUUACUGCACGAAGGGAAAGCGAGGCGAAGGCCACCGGUAACCAUCUUCAGGUGUAUCCACAGUACGGGCAUUGUUUGUGCCUGCUCAGUGCUGUUUGGCCUGGCUCACCACGGUGCACCCCUUGCGCUGUCACCUGAAGGGGCUCCUCCCCCUUCAGCGACUACUAUUGCAUGCAUCAGAGCCAAUCGCUGCCUCACAGCGACUCUCCAAGGCCUUUUGUGGGGCCUAGGUCCCCGCAUUGUGCUUAGGGAUUCAGUACUUGAAAAGAAAAGGGCACUUUUGCCUCUGAUGUCUCUAGCGCUCCACAUUCUUAACAACGUUCAGGGCGCUGUUCUCCUGGCAGCCCUUAGGAGACGCCGUGCGGCACAGCAUCAGCUAGAUCUUGAGAAGCCUGUGCCGUAG